UAAAGAUGCCUAGACGCAACGGUGUGACCAGCAUUCUGCAGCAGUCAGUGUCACCUUUUGAUCAGCGUGUGGCGUCUAAAUUCCUGAAGAUCAGGCCAAAGAUUCUGGGGGUUUUGGAAAUAUCAAUAGGUAUAACUAUGUUGAUCUUAACAAUCUGGACGGGAUUUUUAUAUCUCCUCUGGUCAUGUUUAAUUUCGAUUUUAACCGGAUCUGUGACUGUGUCAGCUGCAUGUACACGUAACACGUGUCAGGUCAGAAUCUCACAAUUUCUUAACUGUUUCAGUGCCAUAGCAGCUGCUAUUUCCAUCCCAUUUCACUGUCUUGACAGUGAUGGCGUGACUCUAGUUCUCCUGGUUUUCUGUGAUGCUCUGGUCUUCAUCAUCUCUGUUAUUGUUGCAUCGUCUUCCUGUGACUGCUGCAGGAUGAAGUCAAGAGAUGUUGCAGUCAGUUACAUAAACCGAGAUGUGCCUUACAUGACUGACAGCAAUAUUGUGCAACCAGGCCCUUUUGCACCUCCACCAAACUACGAUACAAGUCCUUUAGAGCCUCCACCAAAAUACCAUCCAACUCCUCUUGAACCUCCACCAAAAUACUAUCCAUGUCCUACACAUCAAGCAAACUCAACACCGCCACCAAACAGUUAUACAAGUCCCCUCCACUGAGUUAUGAUCCCUACUAUUAGGGAUCUAUUAACUAUUAGGUAAUUAACAGUUUGCAUUUUCGCAACAGAGCAUAUUUCAAGCUUCUUACUUUCUGGAUAUAAUUUAUAUUGUUCAAAGACACUCUCUUAAAAAAUGUGCGUUUCAUAUUUUGAACAUUUGUUUGUGUUACCUCAUAUGCAUCCUUUAUAUGUGCACAAGUUGCUUUUAUAACCUUAAAUGUGCACACUUCACAGAAACUAGCAUUAGAGAUUAUAUACUGUAAUGUUAAACACAUUACUACAAUUAUUAGAUGUAUGUAUGUACAAGAAGGCAAGAUAUUAGUCAUCAUGAAACAAAAUAGUCUCUGCCAGCUCAUUCAAGUGUUCGGUAUUUUAUCAAAAUAGCAGAUAUGACCUGUGUUAUAAAGAUACAUAAUGUUGCAAAUAUUGUAGACUACUUGCCUACAUAUCCCAGAUGUUUUAGAAAGAUUCAUUUUCAAAACCUCUUGUCGAGUCACAGGGAUAUUGGAAAUGUGUCACAAAGAACACAAUAAAAUUCAGUGGGGUUCAGGUAACAUCAGUCUUAAAUGUUUAAUAACACAGACCACAGAUUGAUGUGGAGUCUCACCGGAUGUAACGCGUAAAUCAUAUUGCAUGCACUUGUUUUUUACAGAAAGGCUGUGUUAAAUAUUGUAGCUUGGACCGUGUGAAUGGCUGUGUUUACAGACGUUUAUGAAAUUGACAAUUUAAGCAUUCAGAAACAAAGCAUCUUUCCAAAUGUAAUCACGUGCACCGUGUUGGCUUCACAAACAGAUGGAUGGAGGAGGCCUUCUUGCUGUGAUCACUACCACCAACAGCAGCAGAAACAUUCUGCUUAAACACUAGGCUACUUAGGAGCUGGAGUCUGAGAUCUUUCCAAGUAUUGUAUUAGACAACAGUAAUGUUGCUUGUCCACAAAUUACAACUAUAUAUAUAUAUAGAGAGAGAGAGAGAGAGAGAGAAAGAGAGAGAGAGAGAGAGAGAGAGAGAGAGAGAGAGAGAGAGAGAGAGAGAGAGAGAGCGAGAGAGCUUUCCAUGUAGGAUAAAUCAAGUAAAUCAAGGUCUUUCAGCUCCAAUGUGAAAAGUGACUUUUGUGUUAAAUUUUUAUGUGGCUGACAGUGAAGAGAAAAGCAUGUUAUUAAUGGCUGAAAAUGAAGAAAAUAAAAAUGUAUAUGCUUAUUUGUAAGUCCUUGUUAAGUGUAUUACAUCUAACUAAAUUCCCAUCUCAAUCCCAACACAUAUUUGUCUCAGUACAUCUAAAUAUGCCUAAACACGAUCAUGAGGCCAGCUCUUUUCAGCAGCCAGCAUCACCGUUAUAGCCAGAUAUCACCAGUAUGUGAUAUCUAAAUUCCUUGAAGAUCAGACCGCAGGUCCUCGGGGGAAAGCAAACUGUCCCGCUUCUAAUUUGUUCCUGUUGAUACCGAUGUUGGGGUAACAAGAAAACGUUCACCAUCUUGUUUUAUGUUUUACAGAGUUUGGAAAUGGUACUAGGCAUAGUGGUGUUUGCCUUAGCGAUCUGAAAAGGGUUUGUGGGCUUCUAUCAUUGUAAGUCUUUAGUUUCAGUAUGAGAGCAAUAUUCUGCAUCGAGCAAAUAUUGAAUUGUAUAUUUUUUUCUCCCCUGCAGUCAAUUUAAUUGGAUCUUUGACUGCAUUAGCUGCACACAAACGUAAUAUACAAUGGGUUUGUUUGAAUAUUUUGCAUUUCAUUUUACUAGAAUGAGAUUAAUAACAUCAGAAAACGACAUUAUAUUUUAUAGAUAUUUAGCUAAAGAGUUUUUAUUUUCUCAGACCAGAGCCUCAUAGUCUCUAAACUACCUCAACGUCAUAGCAUCUAUUUUCUCCAUCCCAUUUCAUGGGUUUGCAAAUGAUGUAAAUAUAUAGAUUUCCUGUUUUAAAUGCAUCUGCAAAAAUCAUUUACUCCACAAGAUCAUGCGGAUUAACGUUGGUUAGUAUUAAAUGCAUUAGUAACAAUAACUUACACUGAAUAAUUAUUCAUGCUUAAUCUCUCUAAUACUGUUUAUAUGCCUUUUGAAAUUUAUUACAAUUUCUCAAAUAAAAAUAAUUGUAGCUAAUGUUGGUUUGAUUUUUAUGGUUUAUGGGGGCGCAAAUUAUUUUAAUGACAGUGGUAUGACAGAGGUACUACAAUUUGAAGGUGGUUUAUGAGGACACUGCCAAUGUCCCCAUAAUUCAAAAGGUUUGCAAAAC